AUGGCUAAGAAGAUCAAGAAAGAGAAAACACCAAUACAGGAGGUUAAAGAUCCUAAAGGCAAAAAGAAGGGAUCUAAAGAUCAACACCAACCAGAACCUGAUAACGGUACGCCUAAACCUCAGAGAGGUCUUGCAAUAGGAGAUAACUUUGGAUGGACCGGGAAGCUUCCAGCAACCUUACUUUUUGAGUACUGCCAGAAGCAGAAAUGGAACAAGGUUGUUAUGGAGAUGCGCAAAACAUCUAAGGGAUUCAUUGGCAUAGCCGACCUUAGUUGGGAGAAUCCAAAAACGAAGGAAGUGAUCCACGUCAAAAUGUCACCAGAUACAGAAUUAUUACCCCCCAGAGAAACGACCAACGAAGCACGCCACUUUGCUGCCACUUAUGCGAUGUUCAGAAUAAAUCACGUCAAGAACUUGAAGAUGGUGCUUCCUACCAUAUUUCGCAGCUACUGGUCGGAUCUUGAGGCUAGGAGACUCAAACUUCUCAAAGAGAAUAAGACAGAGCAUGACAAAAUCUAUAAUGCGAAUCCAUUCCAGGUGCUCUUGGACGAUCGAGCAGAGAAGGAGGCUCGAGCGAAAGAACGCCUAGCAAGAGAGAAUAAUGAUGCGAAGGUCAAGAAACCCACUACAAGCAUUUCUCUUGUUGGAAACAAACCAAAAAGCACCAGCAAGGAAUCUAAGGACACCAAGAAAGUUACAAAGCCGAAAACUAUGCGCCUGUUUCCUACAAUUGGCAGAAAAGCAUGGGAAAGUGCUCCGUUUAUUGACUUCCCCAGCCAUAUUCGUGCUUCAAUUGAAGCUUCUAUCAAACAUCAUAUUGAUUGGGUGGAAGGGGAAGCAGAGGACAAGAAGGACGUAGACUCUUGGGUACAACUGUUGGUUCUGUUAGGGUUUAGAAAAUCACACGUGUCUGAGGCUCUUUCAUAUACCCAUUCAUACGUGGAUGCUUUGGAGUGGCUCUUGUUUCAUGUUCCUGAGGAUGACUUGCCUCCUUUUUUUGCUCGCAGAGACGAAGAUUCAAGCGUGUCGCUAAAGAUUUCUACUAAUAUUCAAACCGAAUAUCUUCUUCAGCGGUUGGCGCUCUCAGGAUUUGAUAUGGACGAAAUAAAAUCCACUUUAGAGGAAUGCGAUGGUGAUGAAAUUCGUGCUAGCAUUGCACUAACACAUAAGGUAAUAGAUUUCCAAGCGCCUUCCAUGGAGUUACAAGGUGAUGAGUUCGAAAUGUGGUGCAUGGAACUUGACGGCAUCGAAUCGAUUGGGAGUAACAAGAUUGAGUUUUUUGAUUCAAGCAAGAAGAUAGUUACUCUUCUGCUUAAUGCACGUGGUAUUACUCCUGGUAUGCUUCUGGCAAAAUUGUUUUUCUGUGAAGAAUAUCCUCACAGCUUGCCUGGUAUUCAGCUAGUUGUGAAUAAUGCCUCUUUCAAACUUGCCAAUUACAUCAAGUUGUCCAUAUUGCGUCAGCUCUGUUCAUAUGUGGUAUCGAACAAUCUUCUUGGCAAUUGCUUCAUAUUCUCUUUGGUAGAGUGGCUUGAAGAAAAUAUUUCAAAAGUUAUUGAGCAUCCGGGGCCUUUAUUGCCCCCAGAAACAUUUCAAAGUAAGGAACCUGGUGGCAAAUCUUUUACUAGAAAGCAAGAUAAGACCGUAAAGAGCUCAAAUUCAAGGUCUUUCACGCUACUGCCGGGCGAUAUUGAGGCAAUGCGCAAAACUUACAACGAACAAAUGGAAUCGCAAGCUAUGAAAGACUCGCUUUCGAAAAGAAAGAAAUUACCCGCAUGGCAAAAAAAAGACCAGCUUGUGAAUAUCAUCAAUUCGAAUAAAGUAACUUUGGUGACCGGAGAAACUGGUUCAGGAAAGAGUACCCAAAUAGUUCAAUUCAUUCUAGAUGAGUUGAAUUCUAAAGGAAACUUUGAAGGAACCAUUAUUUGCACACAACCUCGACGUAUCUCAACCAUCGGAUUGGCUGAGCGUAUCUCCGAAGAAAGAAUACUGAUGGUGGGUAAAGACGUUGGGUACAUUAUCAGAGGAGAAAACAAGACGCUGAAGCAAACAAGGAUCCUGUUUGUGACAACGGGUGUGUUAUUACGUAUGUUGCAGUCUUUUCUAGCUUCUAAAACCAAGGAGACAUCGAUUUUUGAUAGACUCGAGUAUAUCUUUAUUGAUGAAGUUCACGAGCGGUCUGUUGAUAGUGACUUACUCUUGGUUGUCUUGAAGAAAACUAUGAGCAAGUUCCCCAAAUUAAAAAUAGUUUUAAUGUCUGCCACCAUCAGUAUUGACACGUUCAAGAACUUCUUCCCUAAUGUGAAUCAUAUUCACAUUGAGGGGAGAACGUUCCCGAUUCAAGACCACUACCUCGAUGAAAUUCUCGAAGAUUUGGACUUCACGAUUACGACAUAUGACGAUCAAAUCAUCAAACCCAAAGCAGACUCUCAUUUUUUUAAAAGUGGAAACCUCAAUUUCGAUUUGAUUGCUCAACUUUGCAUCUAUAUUGACGAUAAAUUAAAGGAGGAGAAAAAUACUGGGUCGAUUUUGGUUUUCUUGCCUGGUAUAAUGGAGAUUAACAGGUGCAUAAGAAGCAUAGAACAGGCUUAUUCUAAGGCUGGUACCCGUUGCUGGUGUUUGCCGUUACAUUCUGCACUUUCUUCGAGAGACCAAACUAGGGUUUUCAAUUAUCCUCCGAGGGAGACCAGAAAAAUCGUUGUGUCCACCAAUAUUGCUGAAACAUCUAUCACAAUCCCCGACUGUGUGGUUGUAAUCGACGGAGGAAGAUCAAAGCUGGUUUUCUUUGACUCGAAGGCAAACACUACUAAGUUGGUAGAAAACUGGUGUUCAAGAGCGGAAAUGGCUCAAAGAAGAGGUCGUUCGGGCCGUAUACAAAAAGGAACGUGUUAUCACAUGUACACCCGGGAAACAGAACAAACAACUUUGGCUCAGCCAAUUCCGGAAAUUAGAAGAACUCGUCUCGAAAAUCUUUACUUAGUGGUGAAGGCUAUGGGCAUCAACAAAGUGGAGGAUUUCUUGAAUAGUGGGAUUGAUCCUCCCGAAGCACAAUCUUUGAAAAAAGCAAAAUCUAUGCUUAGAGAGAUCGGUGCUUUGGAGUAUGAUGAUUCGAAUGAAAAUUUGACUCAUUUAGGAAGGUAUUUGUCAUUUCUCCCAACAGAUUUGCAAGCUGGUAAGCUUAUGCUUCUUGGAUGUAUUUUCGGAUGCGUCAAUAUUUGUUUGACCAUUGCAGCCAUAUGCUCCAGUGGAAGUCCAUUUCUAAACAGUUUUGAUGUCAAAGACGAGGUAAGAAGAGCUAAGGGAAAAAUAGGUAAAAACCAGGGCGACUUAUUGGCAUCUGCCUUUGCAUUCCAUGAAUGGGAAAAUACACCUAGAGAAAGAAGAAAGAAGUUCAUUGCUGACAACUACUUGUCCUACAUGACACUUCAAGAUCUUCAAUCCACAAGAACACAGUACCUCCUGACUUUGAAGGAGAUUGGGUUUCUACCUUUUAAUUAUAAAGUUGACGACAAAAGCAAGCUUAAUGCUAACAAUGAUAACUAUACAAUUGUUCGUGCCAUCAUCACCGGAUCAUUUACGCCUCAAUUGGCUCGGGUCCAACUUCCAGAUCCCAAAUAUGCACAAACUUUAGCAGGCGCGGUCGAGAUCGACGCUGACGCUCGAGCAACUAAGAUUUGGAUCAGAAAUGAGAAGUAUAUUGAACAAACACAUAAUGAAGGUCCCGUCGAUGAGCUUCCAGCAACACGGGCUUUUAUUCACCCGAGCUCAAUGCUUUUUUCUUCAUCCGAAACUGGCGUAGCUCUUCCUAGUUUGGAGGAUCUUACAUUAGAGGACGGUACUAUCGACAUGAAGAAGGCAAGAGAACAAUACGAUAUGACCCCUCAAGCUUCAUUCAACUCGCAAGCUAUGCACAAAUCUCCUUUUGUCGUAUACACAUCUUCCAAUCACACGACAAAGUUAUAUCUUAGAGAGAUCACACCUACGAGCACUUUGGCUGCACUUCUUUUCGGCGGGGAGAUUUCGUACGACAUGAGUACGCAUGUUGCUUCUGGAAAGCGAUGUCCAGGAAUUGUUUUGGAUCGGUGGAUGCCUGUACGAACAUGGUGUAAGAAUGGUGUUUUGGUGAAACGGCUCCGGAAACUUUUGGACCAAGUAAUCGAAAAUAAACUUUCGAAUACAAAUCUGGAGAAAUCAGAAAGCGAGGAUGACGAAGUGUUGAGCAUUGUGAAAACAGUGCUUGGGGUGGAGGUGAGAAAAAGAUGA